AUGGGGAAGAAGAAAAAGAAGAAGCACACUUUGGAAGCGGCUCAAGUCGCGCUACGAGUCAUGGGGCGUCGAAUGUGAAGUCUGCAAGCACGAGUCCCAAGAUGCCUUUCCCGGACAUGUUUGGCGAAAGCAGAUAUUGCAUUACGAGCGAACACAUGAAAGCCUUCAGGUCCCGACUGUUGACCGAAAUCCCAAAGGCAGACAGGGAUCGCUAUCACCCUUCGGACCUACAGAAGGUGAAACAAUGCGACGAGUACUGCUGGCGGUUCAUCGUGCAUAACCGCCUGGACCUACAACGCGCUCUUCGUAUGGCCAACACUGCCUUACUCUGGCGAGCAGACAUCAAAGUUCACGACAUCACCGAGCUAAGUCUUCCUAAAGUGUACUUUCAGCUGGGCUUCAUCUAUCCGUACAAUUUAGACCGGUACGGGAAUCACGUCUUGGUGUUCUCCCUCAAGGACUACGUCCGAAACGCUUUGGUCCUUAGCGAAGCCAAGCGCUUUGUGGUCUUUUUUGUGGAGCGCCUCUUCUCUCAGUACAACACGAACCGCAUCACUCUCCUCUUGGACUGCGAAGGGGUCGAGAGCAGGAACAUCGACGUUCGUCUGCUAAAAUUUCUCUGCAUCAUGUUUCGAUCGUACUAUCCGAGAUCUCUGGGCUUUAUUCUGUUACGUCAAGCGCCGUGGAUGUUUGUGGCAGCUUGGAAGAUCGUCAAGGGGCUACUGCCCAUCGAGGCCAUAGAAAGGGUCAGGUUUGUCACGACGGACGAACUUACAAAUUACAUAGAGAAAGAGAAAUUACCCAGACGUAUGGGAGGAACGGACUCGUACGAGUACGAUUAUAAGCCGGGAUUCCCUAUGGGAGAUCGAUGCCCCAGGCUGCCACCGUUGAAUACGGUCAGUUGUACGACCACUACUCUCAACGUGUACGGCAUGUUUACGGCUUGAAUCUCGCCCACUGCAAUACAUUUCUUCAUGCUAAUAAAAUUGAGCUUUCGUGUAA